CAUGGGCAAGAUGCCAUCACGGUUUCCAACGGGGGUCGUAUCCUGCGCUCUUGGGAAACAAACAUUGGGGGCCUGAAUUGGGAGGUUUUGAUGGACGCUGGCAGCUUUCAGAUGGCUAGUUUGGUUGGAGUCCAAGAUGCUGUGAAGUACGUGGCCAUUUUGAAGAAGAGUUCCCUGCUCCUACAUUAUCUCUCCAACGGUUACCAAAAAUGGACAGAACAUUUGCCAGAAAGCGAGAUGGUCCAGUAUCAGCUAGUCUAUUCCCACGGGACAGGUGUGGUGCAUGUUGUCGGGAUUUCUCCACAAAGCCACCUCAGCGUCCUGACUUUCAGCAUUGAGGAUGGCGAAAUGACAAGACAGAUCAGGGUGGCAGCUCCCUGGUUGAGGAACCUAGCGGGGACUUGCAACGUCGUGGAAGAAGUGACGCUCCUGUGUGUGAACCCAGCCACCCAGUCCCUUUACACCUUGUCCCUGGAGGCGGAGGAGGAGAUGAAGGAGGUUCCGCUGCAGUCUCUCGGCCUGGAAUUUGCAAACCUUUCCGAAUCCAGCAUCCUGUCCUCCCAGCCGAACCCAGCCAGAGCUCCCCGGCCUCAGUUCUACCUGCGUCUGUCGCCCACCCACUUCGCUCUCUUGCAAUAUCGGCACGGCGUCUUGAGCCUCCUUCGGAAUUUCCCUCAGGCCAGCCUUGUGACUUUUGCGACUACCGGUGAGAAGACCGUGACAGCUGUCCUUGCCUGCAAGGGCGAAGGGGAAGGCCCUUUUUGCCCCGCCCAGGCCUACACCAUCAACUUGUACCUGGCUGAAACCGGGCAGAGGCUUCUGGACACUCUCAUCACCUUCACUCUGGAGAAGAGUAGCAUCAGGCCUGAGCAGCUCUUCAUUCAGGUCUUUUUAAAGAAGGAUGAUUCCGUUGGGUACCGUGCCUUGGUGCAAACGGAGGAUCACCUCCUCCUGUUCCUGCAACAGCCAGGAAAAAUUUGGUGGACCCGGGAAGAGUCUCUGGCUGAGGUGGUUAGUCUGGAGAUGGUUGACCUGCCCUUGACGGGGGCCCAGGCAGAACUGGAGGGCGAAUUUGGGAAGAAGGCUG